AUGGACGGCUUCGCGCAGAUCGAGAUACCCGACUUGGACGGAGAGGAUGCGUUCACGCUGCCGUCAAGCUCGGCACAAGGCUUCGGAUCAUUUGCUCAUCCGGCUCCAGGUGGCUAUGGAGCGAGCUCAACGACAGCUGGAUCAUCCUUUCCUUACUCGGCACAGCAUGGCAUCCCAAACAAUCUCAGCGGCCCGAGCAAGCUGCCACAGACUGCCUUUGCCCAAGACGGUCACGCUAGGACUUUCAGUUCGACAAGCGGCGCAUUUCAGUUCAAGACAGACUAUGCAACGCCUCAGAGCCUCGCUAGAACUGUCCCCUUGACACCUUCGGCUGCUGGUGGCUCGGUCUGGAUGGGCCAGAAACCAGCUUUGAUGCAUCAGGGCAGUAGCUCGAGUUUAGUCAACGAGUCCGCCAUUGCAGCCACGCCAUAUCCUGCAAGAAAGCAAAGCAUGCAUCAUCGCUCCCGCUCUCAAUCGACUGUCCAAAACACGACUCCACCCGUGCCAGUCCCGAACGGCUACCAGCAGAACGCGUCGUCAAGCAAUCUUGCAUCGCUGCCUAUGGCCAAUGCGACGACCUCGAGCAGUACAGGCACAAGUAACAGCAGUACCAACGGUAGCGGCUUCAUGCGCCCUCCCCACCUACACUCUCAUUCGAGCGAUAUGGCCAUAUCCGCUGCCUCGACUUCAGUAUCAUCGCCAGUCUCUGCUCGAUCCGAAAAACCGUUACCUACGCCAGCGUCCAUAUCCAGCUUUGCGGAUGAUCAUAUGGCCAUGCCGAAAUCGCACAAGGCUAACACUUCGAGUGGCGUCGUCAGCGACAAGUCCCUGAUCAGCAGCAGCCAUGCCACCUCUGCUAGCCAGAAUGAGCAUAUCCAGCCGCUUGAGCUUGCUCUCUAUCUCUUGCUCGAUCAAUUCUUCGAGCGAGCCGAGAGCAAGAUCAGCGAGGCAUUGGGAAGGCCAAUUGAUCAAGAGUUCUAUCUGCCGACCUUGCUCGCUGCCGGUGUAGAUGCCCAAUUCGAUAGCAUGCUCGACGCAAUCUCCCACGUCUCACGCAGGCUGCCUAAAUUGGUAGUAGAUGUCAUCAUGCGAUGGCGCAAGUCGCAAAGCGAAGGUAUCGACACCGUCAGCAUUUCGCGCGCCAUUGCAUCAGCACCUAACCCAACGACCGCCCGACAAGUUGCAGAGGCUCUCAACGAGCGCAAAUCUCUGGCUUCCAUCUACAUCCUCUGUCGCGGUCUGCUGGCCGUUAUCAAAGCGACCAAUCGCGAGAUCCUCGGCGAAGAGCUGGGCAGCAAGCUUGAGGAGAUUCUCUUCAACUCGCUCAAAAAUGCGAAUCCAUACCAAGUAGCGCGGUCGGCAAACAGGCAGGCGAAUAUGGACCUCUAUGCUCGCCUUAUCGGAGCCUUGUCGUCUUUUCGCUUUACGAGCACUGCAGACCGUUUCAUUGCUGAUUUGGCCAUCAUUGAAAAGGCGGCCGUACCCAAAGAUCUCGAGCCUCGCCUGGAGCACAUCAUUCGCGGCAUGCAAUACUUGCGCAUCGAACUGUAUCCUCUCGAACUUUUCGAGGAGGCGGCAGAGUUCAUGGAGGGUCUUGCUAAGAUCUUUGACGCAGCAAGUGGAUCCCGCCUCAAGCUCGCAUUGACAGAAACAAUGAUCACGCUCAUCACUCCUGUGGCCAACACUGCGACAGCAGAGGCAAACACCCCGCAAUGGACCAAAGCCAUGCAGGCAAUACACACUCGUGCGCUCCAGAUGGUCGCAAAGCCGAGGUAUUCAUCUUAUGCUGUCGCGCUCGCAUGUACGGCCGUCAGCGCAUCAUCGCAAGAAGUCCUACUUGCAUCCUGGGCAUCUACACUCGAGCUAUGUCUCGGCAAGUUCAAGGAGAAAACAAUGCGUUCUCUUGCGCUCUACGGCGGGCUUCAGCUACUAUGGGCAUAUCUCAGGCGGUGUCAAGAAUCUCCUUCCGCGACGGUCAAACGUAUCGAGCCUUUUGUCAAGGCAGUCUUUCCUCCUGGCCGCAAGACUAUCAGCCCGAGUGAAGCACCUCUCGAUAUUGUAGCUUAUAUACCCUUCGUCGUAGCAUAUCGAGCGUUCGACUACGGUGCUGAGCUCAUCAGCUCACUCUUGACGGUCAGCAAUGUCACAAGUCAAUCAGGGAUUAGCUGGACAGAGCGAUUGUCGCCCGAGCGGAUGAUCAGUGGGAUACGUGCCGCAAUGCUACUGCUUUAUAGCCUCGAGUCGAACAAUCUGCCCGCUUUACCCGCAUUCUCGCCUGAUGAUCACGAGCAAGAUGCGACUCUGAUCAACAAGCAAGGCCAGCUAGCGGCUUCGACGCUGGAUCGGCCAGGCUUGCAGGCCGCGGUCAAUGGCUGGGCCGCGAGCAUUGCCGCUAUCGCGCGCAUUUGUCAGACGGGCGGUGAUGCGACAGUCUUCGACGAUGCCAACAUCGUUCCCAGAGGCGCUCAGCCCUCGGCGAAUCCGCCAGACCGCGAAAUCAUUGUGUUUCGGCGAAACGGACCUUUCAUGGUCACGUAUGCGCGCGAUCGUCAGGUGCAGUUCGCGUUGCUCGCCUCAUGUUUCAAUAGCUGGCCGUGGCUCCUCGACCAGCCAUCGGUUGACUUUCAUCCCGUUGAUAUGCUCCUCCAAGGUCUCAAUCACGUAGACGUCGGCGUCAAUCAAGCAGCACGGCAAGCACUCGAGCGAAUGGUACAAACGCCGUUCGUCAGCCAAAUUCUGAUUCGCUUUUCGUAUGUCAUCGGUGGCCCAAGCUAUGUAUUGCGCGACAAUGCCAUUUACCAGCCGCAGUCUGUCAUACAAGUAGAAGGCUUGGUCAAUCUGUGGCUGCAUCUGAUACGUCUCAGCCUCACACCAUCUAGCGACGCGCCCACGGAGCCAAUCUUGGGUCCUAGACGGCCGGCGGUUGUAACACAAAGCAAAUCAUCUAUCACUUUUGACGAACAUCUGGCGCCCCUUAUCGAAGGCACAGCACUCGUCUUGCUGUGCUCGCAAUCUCCGACACUCAGACGUGCUGCGCUCGAUGCACUGCCGCUUGUUGCGGAAAUCGACUCGUCAUAUCACUCCCGCAAUACGGAGGUGCUGCAAAUUUUCAGCAAGGCUGGCCAUCUGAUCGAAAAUGUCGAAGAUGGUCAUAUGUCAAACUCUGAAAAGGCAAGGCUCAAUAAGUGGCGAAAACACGACCAAACGGAGCUGGUCACGCAGAUCAUACAAAGCGAAAGCGCGUCCGAUAUCGCUGUGUGGCAUCUCCUGAUAGGGCCACUAUUCCAGGCAGUGUCAAAGACUUGCCCCGAGGCGACUGGUAUCGCGCGACGCCUGUUGGCGAGCCGUGCUGCUCGCUUGCAACCUGCUGCACUCACCGCGGCCGGAUUGGCGGCGCCUCGAGGCCCGGCUGCUGCACCAGGCGUCAAGUCUGCAAUAUACGGUUUCGGGGCCGAUGUCGCAUAUCUCGUCGACACUUGGCGAGCACAUCUAGCCGCACUCUGUGCUAUCACGACAGAUGAAGUUAUGCUACCAAUCGGAAGCAUACCCAGCGAAGUCCUUGACAUACUACCCAGCAAUAAUGGCGAACGUUUCUCGUCGGGCAGUGAGAUCAUACGGCAAGUGAUGCCUUUCCUGGCAUCUGAUAAUGCCUUCCUGCGCGAUGCCGUUGCGCGAGGUCUCAGCAGCGUCCAUAUUAGCCUUUACAAGCCUCUACUUGAUGGCCUGUCAUCAAUUCUGCGGCAUCUCAGCGACGAAAGGCGUCUUCGAUUGGAACAAGUCCAUUCUACAAAACGCAGCCAGCGCAACACGCGGCUACAUGCGACCGUAGCUCGCGUCAUUGAAGUGACGCUCGGGCUGCUAACACAAGUGUCUCAGCGCGAUAGCGAGGCAAUUCUCAGCUCACUCAGUCUCUACUUUUUCGAAACUCUUGCAUGGCUUCGCGAUCCCGAAGCGCAAGACGAUGUCGCACUCCACAGCAUGCGCAACUCUUUCUGUCUGUCCGUACAACGCUAUUGUCAGACCAUGGGCGAGCGUCUCUGCAUCAUACAACGUCCGUUGCCGCCUUCAUUCUGUCAAGAAGCGUUCGCUGCCAUGCGCUCGUGGUCUUUUCGCAGUGUCAGCAUCGAUGGCUUCGAGAACAAUCGCUUCCGCUCCGACAGAGAUACGGCUGCGCGCAGUAGAGCUGGCUCAUCUGCAGCCGGCUCGACCAGUCACAUCACUGAAGUCUCGGUCGUACCAGUUAACGCAAUGGCCAUGCUUUGCGCAUACCCCGGCCUGACUGUAGCAGACGUAGCCCGUCAGGGAAGUGAAGGUAUCGAUUGCGCUGAGACGCUAAGAUGGCUCCAACGAAUAUUUGACAACAACGAUGAAAGAGCGCAUCGGCUCGCGAGAGAAUCGCUUAUUGCGUUGCUGAAAACGAAUUCAGAUCACAAGGCUUUUCUUGAGGGUAUUGUGUAUGCUUCGUUUGCGGAGGCAGAGACCGUGCCUCUGGCGACGUCCUUCUUUGCCGUCGUCAGCCAGCUUGGCAGCGAUUGCUUCAAAUCGACGACAAUCACCUGUCUUGCGAUCUGGAAGCUGGUCAGCACGGAUUUGGGUAUGCGUCAGAGUGCGCUCCGCACGCUUGCUCCUACUCUCAGCCAGGGAGAGCCAGCGCUGUUGCAGGCUUGUAAUGCCGCUCUUCACACGUCAACCGGCUCUUGCGGCUUUGCAGCGCAGAUCAAGGUCGUUCUGUACCUUGCAGGCGCGCUCGCAUCCGAAGCACGAGCAGUAUUCCUGGAGUUCGCCGUGCGCAUUCUACAGAUUGACAGCAAGCAGGGGCGCUCUCUACUGCGAUUGCUGCCAAAUUGGCUAGCUAACGUAGAGAUACCAAUCCCUACGGAUUCAAGCGCGACCGAUCCGGUGCUCGCGAAUUUAUUCCUACUUACAGCAAAGUUUUCCGAACAGCAUAGCGAGGAUCUGCGGGAAAUGUGGCAAUCUGUCGCGAAAGGCGUGCAAGCGCGUAAUCUCGAAGCAAUCUGCGCAUUUCUUGUGGAAGAGAUUCGGCGAAGGGGCUCGAAAGAAUUUGUUAGGUUCGCACAGAAGGUCGCCAGCUAUCUGACGUCAAAUUCGGCUUGCGCAGCAAUGCUCAGUCGCUUCGAGCAUUUGAUCCAGCCUUCGGCCUUGCUGCUAUCCAGCGAUGCAGAAGCUAACGGUACAGUCCCGAUACAGCCAACUCGGCGCACCAAUUUGGACGCGCUAUUCCCCGUCGGCGCGCGUCGACUUGUGCUAUCGCCGGCGCAAGCGGCGAUCUUUUUGGUUUCCGAUGUCUUGCUUGGCAACACUGCUGAGCAGCAUCCAUGCCUGCCAAAGCUUGUGCACGGGCUUAUCAUGCUCGUGGAUCAUUCGACGCCCUUCGUGCGUAUGCAGGCACGCGACUCGAUUGCUCGACUUGCGACGAGCUUGGCCAUGUCCCAGCUUCUCUAUGAAGUUGACGGCGCUGGAUCGACCAAGUCGCAGCAGACUGCGGCGUCUGACGGAAUCGACUGGUUAUGGAAGACGUUUUGGGAUCAUGAUGAUCGUUCACUCGGCUCGGAUGUAGUACGGUGCCCGAGACACAUGCAAACGCUUGUGCGAGAUCUCAUCAGACUCUUCUCAGCCGCCCGGCCCAACUUUGAACAGAACCUAGGCGAAGUCGCACUCGAAUGGGCAGUCACUUGUCCGAUCAGACACGUCGCAUGCCGUUCCUUCCAGGUGUUUCGCUGUGUGCUGCCUGUAGUGCAGCCGUCUAUGAUCACUGGCAUCGUCGCACGCCUAUCGAAUACAGUAUCUGACCAGACGCCAGAUGCUAGAUUAUUCGCCGCAGAGAUCAUCGAUACUCUCACGGCUGCAGCUCGUGCUCGAUCUCCAGCAACACUUCAAUUGCUGCCUCACAUCUUCUGGACAAGUGCCAUCUGUCUUGGUACCGCCAGCGAGCAGGAGUUCUUGGGCGUUCUAAAUCUCAUGCAGGCGAUUGUCGCCGUCAUUGACGAUGAAGGCCUAGCGAGCACUUUUGCGGGCUGCCAAGCGCAGUUUGGCGGCUUGAUUGCCUUUGAUAGCUUCAUCGGCGAUAUCCUUCUCAAAGGACUGCGCUCCAGGGAGACCCAUGAUGCAUCAUGGUGCCUUGUCGAGACGCUCUCGUCCAGUACAAUCAGCUCACUGGUCCUUGGGACAACGAGAUCGAUCGCGCUACUCUAUGGCGCGUCUUUGGCAGCGAGCCUUCGCUCUGUAGAGGACAAAGUCGUCAGCCCGCAGAUAGAGACGAUUGCCGGCAAAAUCGCGCUUCUAGCCGGCCAGCAAGAUCGUCCAGGCAUUGUGCGCGUCAUGACAUCUGUAGCCAAGGGCCGCUUCCGAGCGAAAGACGAUUUUGUCCGUCAGGCAAUAGCCAAUGUCAAAGAAUAUUUCAGCCCAGAGCUACGCCUCGACGUCUUCGUGCUGAUGCUAGGCACGCUUUAUAAUCCGCAACGGUGGCUGCAGGAGAAGACCCUCGUCCUGCUCAAGCCGCUCGUGCGCCUGAUCGAGCCGAGCGAGACAGAUAUCCAAUGUCUUGGACCUGAUCUCCUCUCGCCACUGCUUCAUCUACUAUCCGGUGACUUGACCUUGCAAGUCCUGCAGGUUCUCGAAGAGCCCGUCGCAUUCGUCAGCCAAGCAUUAGAGCGAUCGAUGCAGCCUUUGCGGCAAGCAAAUGCUCAGACAAGACGAGGACCGGACGGUGAAGAGCUACCCAAUCCGCCACCUGUCUUUGGCGAUCCAUUGCAGACGGGCUGGUGCUUGCCGGAUCCAGAAACGGCUCAGGAAAGCACCCGAUCGCAGCUGCGCGAUAUUAUCGAGAUGCUGCCUUCGCAAGACGGCCCUGCAGCUCCUGCCUCGCCUUUAAAGUUUGCGAACGAUGAGUUCUCUGGACAGCCCGAGGGACAGCACAUGGACGCUCGCACGCAAUCUGACGUGGGCGACGCGUCGACUCUGGGCGAUAUGGUGUCUCAGCUACACCAACUUGGCAACUUCUUUGAUGAGGACACAGCGGGCUCGCCAGCUGCGUACCGUCUCAGCACGAUGCUCGGGUCUGCCUCUCGUGUUGCUAGCGUUCUUAGCCGAUCACAACGAUCUGCCAGGCCAGAGUAUGGAUCUGCUUUCGCCGAAGGCGGCUAUACGAAUGGCACACGACAGAGCUUUGACUCGACUCAUGAGCCAUUUCAUGACGGUCCGCACAGCAUCGACAGUGACGCCGAAGCGCACGAAAGCUCAGAUUUGCUGCUGGAAAUGGACUCUGCGAUGGGUAGACGGCAGCGAAGGCCUCAUUCGUUCUUUAGAGGCAGACGGACAUGA